GUAGAACUAACUCACCACCAUUGAUUGAUCUUCAUUCUCUCUUCGUUUCUUGUUUUAUCUUUUUCUCCUAUUUCGAUUCGAUUCGUCUUGUUUUAGUACGGGUUUAAAUCUUUAGUCUGUUUCCUCUCUCUUCGUUUCCGAACCUCGUGCGCAAUUCCUUCACCGGGUCGGUAGCACUCACUGAUCAACGAAAAAUGUCUCCUGCAAUGGCUACAGUUGGCGCCGGUUCGGCCGCGAAGGAUAUCAAGAGGGAAUCUGGGACUGCGCGAUUGCUCGGUUCCGGGUCUGCUGGUAUUGCGGAGUUGCUUGUUUUUCAUCCUGUUGACACAAUUGCGAAACGAUUGAUGAGCAAUCAAGGACGAGCAAAUACAGCCGCUGCUCUAAAUCAAGUCAUUUUCAAGGACUAUGCGACAGCCUCCGUGGGCCGGAAAUUCACUUCCCUCUUCCCCGGUCUUGGAUAUGCUGCUGGAUACAAGGUCCUGCAACGAAUCUAUAAAUACGGCGGUCAACCCUUCGUUCGCGAUUACCUAGCACAACACCAUGGUUCAAGCUUUGACUCAACCUUUGGCAAGGGAACUGGAAAGGCUAUUAUGCAUGCUACUGCCGGAAGUAUCGUCGGAAUCGGUGAAAUCAUCCUCUUACCCCUCGACGUCCUCAAAAUCAAACGCCAGACAAACCCCGAAGCAUUCCGUGGUCGUGGACUGUUCAAAAUCAUCUCCGAUGAAGGAAUGGGUCUGUAUCGUGGUGCUGGAUGGACGGCCGCUCGUAAUGCGCCUGGUUCAUUCGCUCUCUUUGGUGGCUCCGCCUUCGCAAAAGAAUACAUCUUCUCCCUCCAAGACUACAACUCAGCAACCUGGAGCCAAAACUUCGUCGCCUCCAUCUUCGGCGCCAGCGCUUCUCUAAUCGUCUCCGCACCGUUAGACGUCAUUAAAACACGUAUUCAAAACCGAAACUUUGAGAAUCCCGAGUCCGGCGCUAGAAUCGUCGCAAGUAUGAUGAAGAAUGAAGGUGUAGGUGCUUUCUUCAAGGGACUUGUGCCGAAAUUGUUGAUGACUGGUCCCAAGCUCGUGUUUAGCUUUUGGUUGGCACAGACAUUGAUUCCUGCUUUCAGCAAGGUUAUCUAAUUUUUUUUUCUUCUCUAUUAUCUGCGGCAUGAGGAUUUAUUAUUUUAUAUGCUGUAAUGGUUUUAUGGUCAAUUCGGAUUUGGCGAAUUGUUUCUUAUAGAUUUCUGUUGGAUGUUAGGGGGAUCGGGUUUGAAUGUAUUAUGCAUGUACUUUAUUAGUUUAAUUGUUAUAUAUUACUCCUCUCUGAUUCUCUACUCUA